GCAAACUCUCUUCUUUACCUCUACCUCCUGCACGUUUCGAUAAUUCUUUCCACCUUCUGCAUCACAUCACCUUCAUCAUGAGGCUUACUCCUUUGACUUGCGCGGCAUUGACUCUGGCAUCCAGGGUUGUUGCGCAGACCAAAGUAACAGCAGACAACACGACUCAACCCGUCUCUUUCUUCUACACUCGCCCUCUAUCUGAAGCACCUGCUCUGAAUGUUACUCUGCAAGCAGACUUCACACCUGGCUAUGUCUUCGUCUCGCCGUACAAGGCAAUCAAGCCAGCACCUUACAUCUACGACAAAUUCGGAAACCUCGUCUGGGAUGGCUAUGGAGUGACUGGAUCAGCAAAUGCGCACAACUUCCGCCCUUGCGAAUACAGGGGACAACCCCAUCUCUGCUUCACUCAGGUCAAUCAACAGAAUGGCUAUGGAAUUGGCCAAGGUGUCAUCGUCGACUCAGAUUACAAGGUUGUGGCAACAGUUCAGACGGGAGGAAACACCGAACCUGCAGACAUGCACGAAUUCCAGCUGCUUAACGAUGGCGACACGGCAAUUCUCAGUGCUUACCAGAUUGUGCCAUUCGAUCUAUCCUACUUCAACAUCACCACUGGAUUGGGCUGGUUGUCUGAAGGCGUCUUCCAGGAAGUUAACGUGACUACGGGAGAGGUCCUGUUCGAAUGGUUCUCCACCAACCACGUUGACCCCAGUGAGAGUCAGAUCACACCAAACAGCACUGACACAGGAGGUGACGGCUUCGGACCUCAGACAGCCUUUGACUAUUUCCACAUCAACGCUGUCGACAAGUCGGCCGCUUCUGGCAACUACCUCGUCUCAGCCAGACACACGAGCACCCUGUACUACAUCAAUGCCACCGACCGCGAUGUCAUCUGGAAACUCAGCUACCAAGGAGACUCGGACUACUCGUGCUCAAACUUCAACUUCAGCUUCCAACACGAUGCACGUCUGCUCUCAGAAAACGAUACCACGACUGUCCUCUCCAUCUUCGACAAUGCAAGCAACGGCUACGCGACCACUACCUCGCAAUCAUCAGGCAAAGUCAUUGCUCUUGACCACAACACUGGUGUUGCAACGAUGAUUUCCAACACCACUUUCCCCUCCGACGAAGGUGUCCUCUCAACUUCUCAAGGCAACACGCAAGCUCUAGGCAACGGCGGAUUCUUCCAUAGUUGGGGCAACCAACCCUACUUCUCCGAACAUUCCGACAACGGCACCGCCGUCCUCCUCGCUCAGUUCGCUGCUCAAGGCUCGGCUCAGAACUACCGCGCCUUUUCCGCCGAUUGGGACAGCACUCCCGCAACUACGGUGCCUGACGUCUACGCUUACGCCAUCAACUCGACCGCCGCGACCCGCAUCUACGUCUCCUGGAACGGCGCCACUUCAGUCUCAUCCUGGCAAUUCUACGGCGGCAGUUUUGUUGGUGACGAUUUCCUGGUCAUUGGACAAACUGCCAAAGAGGGCUUCGAGACUUUCUGGGAGGCUGAUAAGUUUUAUCAGUGGGUGAGAGUUGAAGCUAUCGGUGCUGAUGGUAACGCACUCCGCAAUUCGAGCUACACUGGUACUUUUGUACCUUCUGCUAUGUUGGCUGGUGCUUGCGAUGAAAGUGGAUGCGGUGUUGCUAGUUCCUACUCUUCAUAGUUGACGAGAAAAAUCUGGCGACUGAGAGCUUGCUCUAUCAAGAGAUGGGGCGAGACUGGAGUGGCCGUUGAUAUCAGUCCUGGCUUUCUGACAUUGCUUUUGCUACUGUAUUGCUCAUAAUUACGAAAUCACGAAGA